GCUCUGUCUCUGUCUCCGUCGCUCUGUCUCUGUCUCUGUCGCUCUGUCUCUGUCUCCGUCGCUCUGUCUCUGUCUCCGUCGCUCUCUCUCUCUGUCUCCGUCGCUCUGUCUCUGUCUGUCGCUCUGUCUCUGUCGCUCUGUCUCCGUCGCUCUGUCUCUGUCUCUGUCUCUGUCGCUCUGUCUCCGUCGCUCUGUCUCUGUCUCCGUCGCUCUGUCUCUGUCUCUGUCUCUGUCUCUGUCGCUCUGUCUCCGGUCGCUCUGUCGCUCUGUCUCUGUCUAUGUCGCUCUGUCUCUGUCGCUCUGUCUCUGUCGCCUGGGCUCUGUCGCUCUUCUCUGUCCCGUCGCUCUGUCUCUGUCUCUGUCGCUCUGUCUGUUGUCGUCUGUCUGUCUGUCGCUUGUCUCUGUCGCUCGUUUUGUCUCCGUCGCUCUGUCUCCGUCGCUCUGUCUCUGUCUCCGUCGCUCUGUCCCCUGUCUCGUCGCUCGCUCUGUCUCUGUCGCUCGUCUCUGUCUCUAGCUCUUCUCUGUCGCUCUGUCUCUGGCUGUCCUGGUCUCCGUCGCUCUGUCUCUGUCUCCGUUCGCUCUGUCUCUGUCUCUGUCGCUCUGUCUCCGUCGCUCUGUCUCUGUCGGGUCUGUCUCUGUCGCUCUGUCUUGUUCUGUCGCUCGUCUGUCUCCGUCGCUCUGUCCCCUGUCUCCGUCGUCGUCUCGUCUCCGUCGCUCUCUCUCUGUCUCCGGCUCCUCGUCGUCGCUCUUUUCUCUGUCGCUUGUCCUCGUCGUCCUGUCUUGUCUCUGUCUCUGUUCCUCUGUUUUUCCGUGCUCUGUCUCGUCUCUGUCUCUGUCCUGUCGCUCUGUCUCCGUCGCUCUGUCGCUCUGUCUCCGUCGCUCUGUCUCUGUCUCUGUCCCCUCUGUCUCGUUCGCUCUGUCUCUGUCGCUCUGCUCUGUCUCCGUCGCUCUGUCUGCUCUGUCGCUCUGUCUCUUCUCCGUCGCUCUGUCUUGUCUCCGUCGCUCCUCUCUCUGUCUCGUCGCUCUGUCCCCUUGUUGUCGUUUCUGUUCUGUCCCCUCUGUCUCCGUCGCUCUGUCUCUGUCCUCUGGUCUCUGUCUCUGGCGCUCUGUCUCCCCUCGCUCUGUCUCUGUCUCCGUCGUCUGUCUCUGUCUCCGUCUCUGUUCUGUCGCUCUGUCUCCGUCGCUCUGUCGCUCUGUCUCUGUCUAUGCCGCUCGUCUCUGUCGCUCUGUCUCUGUCGCUCUGUCUCUGUCGCUCUGUCCCGUUCCCCUCGCUCUGUUCGCUCUGUCGCCUGUCUUGUCUGUCGCUCGUCUCGUCUGUCGCUUGUCUCUUCGCUCUGUCUCUGUUCCCCUCGCUGUCUCCGUGCUCGUCUCUGUCUCCGUCGCUCUGUCUCUCCGUCCGGCUCUGUUUUCUGUCUGUCGCUCUGUCUCUGUCUCUAGCUCGGGCUUGUCGCUCUGUCUUGUCGCCUGUCUCUGCUCCGUCGCUCUGUCUCUGUCUCCGUCGCUCUGUCUCUGUCUCUGUCGCUCUGUCUCCGUCGCUCUGUCUCUGUUUCUGUCGCUCUGUCUCUGUCGCUCUGUCUCCCUCGCUCUGUCUCUGUCUCCGUCGCUCUGUCUCUGUCUGUCGCUCUGUCUCCGUCGCUCUGUCUCCGUCGCUCUGUCUCUGUCUCCGUCGCUCUGUCUCUGUCUCCGUCGCUCUGUCUCUGUCUCCGUCGCUCUGUCUCUGUCUCUGUCGCUCUGUCUCUGUCGCUCUGUCUCUGUCGCUCUGUCUCUGUAGCUCUGACUCUCUCUGUCUCGCUCUCUGUCUCGCUCUCUGUCUCGCUCUCUGUCUCGCUCUCUGUCUCGCUCUCUGUCUCGCUCUCUGUCUCUCUCUUGCUCUCUCUCUCUCUGUCUCUCUCUCUCAAUUCAAUUCAAUUUAAGGGCUUUAUUGGCAUGGGAAACGUAUGUUAACAUUGCCAAAGCAAGUGAAGUAGAUAGUAAACAAAGUGAAAUAAACAAUAAAUAUUAACAGUAAACAUUACACUCAGAAGUUCCAAAAGAAUAAAGACAUUUCAAAUGUCAAAUUAUGUAUGUAUACAAUGUUGUGACGAUGAAUCUCUCUCUCUCUCUCUCUCUCUCUCUCUCUCUCUCUCUCUAUCUCUCUCUCCUCUUGCUAUCUCUCUCUCUUCUCUGGCUGUCUCUCUCUCUCUCUCUCUCUCUCUCUCUCUCUCCUCCCACCAGGUUGAACAGUAUGUCAGUAGUAGGGAUGCAGCACAGUGAGGUGGUAGCAGCCAUCAAGGCUGGGGGAGAUGAGACCAGUCUACUGGUUGUGGAUCCUGAGGCAGAGGCUUUCUUCAACAGCUGCAAAGUCAUUCCAACUGAGGCCAACCUCACAGGUACACACACAUAUACUAUAUCCUUGGAAAAACACUGGUCGGGCAGAUUCCUGGCACUCCUUCUGUCAUUUGGUCAUGGAUUAGUUCAGUAGAAACUUACUAGGAAGGAUUUAAGGAAGUGAGAGACUUCCAUAUAAAUUGAAAAGAAGUCUUAAGUUUGUCAUCAAGUAGUGCUACAGUGAGGGGAAAAAAAUAUUUGAUCCCCUGCUGAUUUUGUACGCUUGCCCACUGACAAAGACAUGAUCAGUCUAUAAUUUUAAUGGUAGGUUUAUUUGAACAGUGAGAGACAGAAUAACAACAAAAAAAUCCAGAAAAACGCAUGUCAAAAAUGUUAUAAAUUGAUUUGCAUUUUAAUGAGGGAAAUAAGUAUUUGAACCCUCUGCAAAACAUGAUUUAGUACUUGGUGGCAAAACCCUUGUUGGCAAUCACAGAGGUCAGACGUUUCUUGUAGUUGGCCACCAGGUUUGCACACAUCUCAGGAGGGAUUUUGUCCCACUCAUCUUAGCAGAUCUUCUCCAAGUCAUUAAGGUUUUGAGGCUGACGUUUGGCAACUCGAACCUUCAGCUCCCUCCACAGAUUUUCUAUGGGAUUAAGGUCUGGAGACUGGCUAGGCCACUCCAGGACCUUAAUGUGCUUCUUCUUGAGCCACUCCUUUGUUGCCUUGGCCGUGUGUUUUGAGUCAUUGUCAUGCUGGAAUACCCAUCCACGACCCAUUUUCAAUGCCCUGGCUUACAGUUGACCGGGGCAGAUCUAGCAGGGCAGAAAUUUGAUGAACUGAUUUGUUGGAAAGGUGGCAUCCUAUACGAUGCCAUGUUGAAAGUCACUGAGCUCUUCAGUAAGGCCAUUCUACUGCCAAUGGUUGUCUAUGGAGGUUGCAUGGCUGUGUGCUCGAUUUUAUACACCUGCCAGCAACGGGUGUGGCUGAAAUAGCCGGAUCCACUAAUUUGAAGGGGUGUCCACAUACUUUUGUAUAUAAAGUGUACAUCCUCCUAAUGUCACCAUUCCUUAUCAACAAUGGUGACUAAAAUAUAUAUUGUCCCGUUGUUGAACUGGUCAGCUGAAUGGCUUUUCCUCUGUUUCCUUUAGGACCUCUUCCUGAACCUGUGUCCAAUGGAGGAGCAGAAGAGGAGGUGUGUGUGUGUGUGUGGUGUGCUUCUCACAGGCUCCUAUCAUCAAAGUGGACAUUCCUGGAUAGAUAUUAGGAGGGUUCUCCAGGAAAACUUUCCUCAACAAUCACUCAGACACACUCAUCCUUGACCAAAUAUUAUUUCUCUCUCUCGCUCUCACUCUCUCUCUGUCUCUCUGUCUGUCUGUCUCUGUCUCUCUCUCUCUGUCUCUCUCUCUGUCUCUGUCUCUCUCUCUGUCUCUGUCUCUCUCUCGUCUCUCUCUCUGUCUCUCUCUCUCUCUUCUGUCUGUCUCUGUCUCAUCUCUCUCUCUCUCCUCUCUCUCUCUCUGUCUCUCUCUCGUCUUCUAUCUCUCUCUCUCUCUCUCUCUCUCGCUCUCUCUCUCUCUGUUUCUCUCUGUCUCUCUAUCUGUCUCUCUGGCUCUCUCUCUCUCUCUGUGUCUCUCUCUCUCUCUCUCUCUCUCUCUCUCUCUCUCUGUGUCUCUCUCUGUCUUUCUCUCUGUGUCUCUCUCUGUCUCGCUCUCUCGCUCUCUCUCUUCCUCUUACACGUUCACAUGAUUCAGAGCUUGGCUCAAAGCUUUAAAUAAUGAAUUGGUAAAUCAGAAACCUAAAUAAGCCUUUGGCUAGAUAAGAUGGGUGUGUGAUAGGACCAUCCACUAUAAUCAUACCUCACUGAGAACAGACAGAUCUAAAGCAGUGACACCAAGGCUGUGUCCCAGAGAGCGGGGGUCAAAAUGGCACCCUAUCCCCUUUACAGUGCACCCAUUGGGCUCUAGUCAAAAGUAGUGCACUUAAAAGGUAAUAGGGUGCCAUUUGGGACACACAACAAGAUUGACCCUGGCUGACAAAGAAGCCAUGACACCCUGGGAACAAGCCUAGGGGAUUGGCAGCGAUGAUAUCGUGGCUGACCCUAUCGCCAUGGUAACUGUCGAUCAGAGUGGUGGACAGUGGGCCAGUGUGCUUUCUCUCUCUCUCUGGGAUUGGGAGCCUCUGUAAUUCCUGAGGCGUGCUGGGGAUUAUGCUAAUGGGAUGAGAUGACUAACUAUCCGACUACAUCGCGACUAUCCCACUAACUCAGGGCUACAGAGCUGAGAGUAGAGAACAUACCAUUAUAAUGUCUAUGAUCAGGUGAUGGGUAUCAAAGUCUAUGUUCAGCAGUAAAUAAGACUGCACACAGUGAUCAGUGUUGCCAGAGACUCAGCCAGUUGAUAUAAUCACACAGGUUGCUGGGGCAGCAGGUAGCUUAGUGGUUAAGAGCAUUGUGCCAGUAAUCGAAAGGUGUGGUUCUAAUGGUGAAAAAUCUGUCGAUGUGCCCUUGAGCAAGGCACUUAACCCUAAUUGCUCAUGUAAGUCGCUCUGGAUAAGAGCGUCUGCUAAAUGACUAAAAUGUAAAUGUAAGUAGGGUACCACAUGGUGAACCCUGACCCCUAGUGGCCACAAUGAUGUUGCACACCUACUGGUGAUGGCCGUGACGUCAACGUACUGGCACUGUAUGUUUCUGAGGUGUGUUUAGCUGAUGUGUGUGAUGCAGGUAAUCAAGGUGUGUGUGUGUACAGGUGAACAAUAAGGUGUAUGCUGUGUUUCUAAUGUGUGUCUCAUAUUUCUACAGCUGGAUGGUAAGGUAGCAGUCGAGGGAAAGCCUAAUGUGUCCGUCAGUUUGUCUACAUCCAGCACCUCCUCCACUGCCUCUCUACCAACAUCCGCUGGCAGCACCCCUCCACCAGAGGUACUAGUGUGUGGUGUGUGUGUGAUGAGCAGUCAACAUUUUUAUCAACGGAAUAUGUAGGAACGCAAGGGUAAAAUCGGGGUGUAGAUAUUGGGGUGGACGAACAGUAGAUGGAGGGCAUAUGGAGGGGCAUAUGGAAGCUAUAUGGAGGGGUCUAUGGAGGAGUCUAUGGAGGGGUAUAUGGAGGGGUCUAUGGAGGGGUCUAGGGAGGGUCUAUGGAGGGGUCUAUGGAGGGUCUAUGGGGGGGUCUAUGGAGGGGUCUAUGGAGGAUCUAUGGAGUCUAUAGGGGGUUAUGGAGGGGUUCUAUGGAGGGGUCUUUUGGAGGAGUCUAUGGAGGGGUCUAUGGGGGGGGUAUAGGAGGGGUCUAUGGGGGGUAUAUGGAGGGGUCUAUGGAGGAGGUAUGGAGGGGUUCUAUGGAGGGGUAUAUGGAGGGGUAUAUGGAGGGGCAUAUGGAGGGGUCUAUGGAGGAGUCUAUGGAGGGGUCUAUGGAGGGGUCUAUGGAGGGGUAUAUGGAGGGGUCUAUGGAGGGAUAUAUGGAGGGGUAUAUGGAGGGGUAUAUGGAGGGGUCUAUGGAGGGGUCUAUGGAGGAGUCUAUGGGGGAGUCUAUGGAGGAGUCUAUGGGAGGGUCAUGGAGGGGUAUAUGGAGGGUUCUAUGGAGGGGGUCUAUGGAGGGGUCUAUGGAGGGGUCUAUGGAGGUAGUCUAUGGAGGGGUUAUGGAGGAGUCUAUGGAGGAGUAUAUGGAGGGGUCUAUGGAGGAGUCUAUGGAGGGGUCUAUGGAGGAGUCUAUGGAGGGGUCUAUGGAGGAGUCUAUGGAGGGGUCUAUGGAGGAGUCUAUGGAGGGGUAUAUGGAGGGUUCUAUGGAGGGGUCUAUGGAGGGGUCUAUGGAGGGGUCUAUGGAGGAGUCUAUGGAGGGGUCUAUGGAGGAGUCUAUGGAGGAGUAUAUGGAGGGGUCUAUGGAGGAGUCUAUGGAGGGGUCUAUGGAGGGGUCUAUGGAGGGGUCUAUGGAGGGGUCUAUGGAGGGGUCUAUGGAGGAGUCUAUGGAGGGGUCUAUGGGAGGAGUCUAUUGGAGGAGUAUAUGGAGGGGUCUAUGGAGGGGUAUUGGAGGGUUCUAUGGAGGGGUCUAUGGAGGGGUCUAUGGAGGGGUCUAUGGAGGAGUAUAUGGAGGGUUCAUGGAGGAGUCUAUGGGGGGGUCAUGGAGGGGUAUUUGGGGGAGUCUAUGGAGGGGUAUAUGGAGGGGUCUAGGGAAGGGUCUAUGGAGGGUCUAUGGAGGAGUAUUGGAGGGGUCUAUGGAGGAGUAUAUGGAGGGGUCUAUGGAGGAGUCUAUGGAGGGGUCUAUGGAGGGGUAUUUGGAGGAGUCUAUGGAGGGGUAUAUGGAGGGGUCUAUGGAGGGGUCUAUGGAGGAGUCUAUGGAGGAGUAUAUGGAGGGGUCUAUGGAGGAGUCUAUGGAGGGGUCUAUGGAGGGGUAUAGGGAGGGGUCUAUGGGGGUAUAUGGAGGGGUCUAGGGAGGAGUCUAUGGGGGGGUCUAUGGAGGGGUAUAUGGAGGGGUCUAUGGAGGGGUAUAUGGGGGGGUUUCUAGUGGGGGUAUAUGGGGGGGUCUAUGGGGGUCUAUGGAGGGGUCUAUGGAGGGGUAUAUGGAGGGGUCUAUGGAGGAGUCUAUGGAGGGGUCUAUGGAGGGGUAUAUGGAGGGGUCUAUGGAGGGGUAUAUGGAGGGUCUAUGGAGGGGUCUAUGGAGGUCUAUGGAGGAGUAUAUGGAGGGUCUAUGGAGGAGUCUAUGGAGGGGUCUAUGGAGGGGUAUUUGGAGGAGUCUAUGGAGGGGUAUAUGGAGGGGUCUAUGGAAGGGUCUAUGGAGGGGUAAUGGAGGGGUUUUUGGAGGAGUCUAGGGAGGGGUCUGUGGAGGGUUUUUUGGAGGAGUCUAUGGAGGGGUCUGUGGAGGGGUAUUUGGAGGGGUAUUUGGAGGAGUCUAUGGAGGGGUCUGUGGAGGGGUAUUUGGAGGAGUCUAUGGAGGGGUAUAUGGAGGGGUAUUUGGAGGAGUCUAUGGAGGGGUCUGUGGAGGGGUAUAUGGAGGGGUCUAUGGAGGGGUCUAUGGAGGGGUCUAUGGAGGGGUAUUUGGAGGGUAUUUUGAAAACCCAGUAUAAGUGGGAAGGGUAAGUCACCAUCAUCAAGGCAAGUAUUGAGAAGACACAAAAGAUGACUGAGUCUUAUUAUAAUGAUGAACGUGAAUAUUUACAUAUCAAAAUAUAAAUACAAAUUAUUCUACAGUUUUACAUGACUUUAUGGCCUCUCUUGAGGUGAAAACAGUAUAAGUCAUGUAGUUUUAUAAUGCAAUUCUACACAUUUUGUCAUGAGGCUGAGAGUAAAUGUUGCUGUUUUAAAGCUAAUUUCCUGCAAUUCUACACAUUUUGCCAUUGCUUAUGUUCAUAUUCUAUCUGGGGGGGGCACCCCAACCUUUUUUUAUUUAUUGAAUCGACCUGUUUUGAAUAUUGGGGGGUCCCUCGAUCCUCCGUGGCAAUUUUGCGUAUGGAGUAACGCAUAAUGUUCUCUCUCUGUGUGUGUAGGUACAGGUGGCUCCGGCUAAGGAACCUGAUGCAAGCCUCGCCCUCAGCAUGUCUCUAGCCCAGGCCAAGGAGAGAGCUCACCAGAAACGCUCAUCCAAGAAGGCCCCUGCCAUGGACUGGAGCAAGAGGAACGAACUCUUCAGUAACCUAUAAAUCACACGUUUCCUUCCGUCUUUCUCUGCCCCUCACUCCCUCUUUAGCUCGGUCGCAAGCAGACACACACACACACAACAAUGUAUGAUGUGAACAGUGUUAAUAUUUUGUGAUUUCAUGUGCUAAGUGAGGGGUUUUCCAUUUUUAUUUAAAAACAAAUUGAAACGCCACUCCUGAAUAAGAAACAAUGUAAUUAACAAUUUAAAGAUGGAAAAACAAUGUACAGUUUACAUCUAGUGGAGUAGAAUGAUGAAGAAAUAAAAGAUGAUGGGAUAUAUGGAAAAUAAGAAUUAACAUAUUGCCAGUGAGUAAUCGAUCUAGUGAUAUGGUGUGUGUGUGUGUGUGUGUGUGUGUAUGUAUAUCAUAAGGUGUGUCGAAUCUUAUUGUCAGUCUAUCUGCAAUCUGAUUGGUUGCUGGUCACAAUACUUCCUUGUAGAAUCACGAACUAGCCAAUAGCAAGCUGGGACUGAUUGUGCUUUUGUGGAUGAGUUAAGAUGAAUCAAACUAUUUUCCAGAGACUUUCAUGCUUUAUUACUUCUAAGGGCUGGAUUCAGUCCGUAUCGUGGAAGAUCCGCGUUAUAGCUCGAUUUUCAAGUUAAAGGCAAUGUUCCUGCGUUCGCAGAGACUGCAUUCACAGUAAACACUGUAUAUGUCGGCUCAAUCUGAAAUGACCUUUACAUUUUAACCUGGAUCUUCCGCGAUACGGAUUAAAUCCAGGCCUUACAGAAUGACUAACAAUCUGAAUUUUUAGCAAUACAAGACCAUUGUCUGACCAUUUAUCGCUUAAUGAGAGGUCUACACGUCUGGUUAGCAGAUAUCACUGAAUUUGUUCAGGAAUUGUAUCAUUCUAAUGCUGACCACAGGUUUACUUUGUGGUGUGAUGUUUUACAACCCUCUCUUUUUUAAGAUGUUGACAUAUCAAUUCUUAGAAUGUAGAACUCAUUCCGGAAGGGGAAUUCAGAAUACAUGAGAUUCUCUGUUCUAAAUGUGACAAUCAUUGUUGGUCAUAUCAUGCAUGGUUAAAGGGACUGAGGUAUGUGGUUCUAGAUUUUUUAACCCAAAGUAAACCAUUGUUUCUAACUGUAAAGUUGAAACAUUCCUGAGUUAACAACCUGUUCAAACCGGUGUUCAAGCAUCACUAUUGUAAAAUCCUACGGUAUUUUUAUCGUCGUGAUUCAACAUUUCUUCCUGCCAUUGUCUCAACGUUUUACAGAAUGACGAGAUUAUUUUUCAUGUUUCUUUUAUUAGAUUUGUACAUAAAUUUCAUGAGGAAAUUGUAUUUUGAGUGUUGUGUCUUAAAGAAAUCCUCAAUUUGUUUGAAGACUGUUCUAGAAUCUCUCUGGGUUGAAUGGAGUGUAAGCCUACUGUAUGUGUGUCAGUUAGCUCUGGUCUAGGGCGUUAGUGUAUCAGUCAUCUGAACCACAUAAGCCCUAUAGUAUAGACCAGGGAUCAGCUCCAACUCCGGUCCUGGAAAGCUACUGGCUGCGUACGGUAGAAGGGCUGAGUUGUCAAAUGUCUUGAGGAUGACUGUUAUAAAUGUGGGCUCAAACAUGUCUUCGUCUUUCUUUUUUAACGUGUGUGUGAGAGCUAGAGAGAGACAAGGCAUACUCUGUGGGAUCUCAAAGGAAAAC